GAGAGAUAAAGCUCGCCUACAGAGCUCACGAAGGCGGACACAGCGGUAAAUCACAGCAAGAGGAAAUGCACAGAGCCUGGGUUCUCCUCAUUGUAAUAGAAGAGGGAUUUGCCCUGGCGCAGAAAAUUAGAGAGACCCAAAAUGUGGGUGAAUCUCCGUCCAGCACUGAACAGUGCGGCCAGUGGACCCGAAAUAUCAAUGGAGGGCUAUUCACAUCUCCGAACUAUCCAAACUCAUAUCCACCCAACAAGGAGUGUGUGUACAUCCUAGAAGCUCUCCCUCGGCAGAGAAUUCAGCUGGCCUUUGACAAAACAUACUAUAUCGAGCCUUCCUUUGAGUGCCGCUUCGACCACAUUGAGAUAAGGGAUGGUCCCUUCGGUUUCUCGCCUCUUAUUGAUCGCUUCUGCGGGCCGAAGAGUCCAGGUGUGGUCACCUCCACGGGCCGCUUCAUGUGGAUCAAAUUCACCAGUGACGAGGAGCUUGAAGGCUUAGGCUUUCGUGUCAAAUACACUUUUAUAGCAGACCCAGAUUUUCAUUUGCACGUCGGUGGAUUGCUAAAUCCAAUUCCAGAUUGCCAGUUUGAGAUCAGUGGUUCAGACGGAGUCAUCCACUCCAGUCAGGUGGAAGAAGAGGAUAAGAUCAAAAAUGGAGACGCGUUGGACUGCAUCUGGACCAUCCGUGCUCCACCUCAGUCCAAGAUAUACCUCCGUUUCCUUGAGUACCAGAUGGAGCACUCGAACGAGUGCAAGAAGAACUUUGUGGCCGUGUAUGACGGCAGCAGCGCCAUUGAGAAUCUGAAAGCCAAGUUCUGCAGCACAGUGGCCAAUGACGUGAUGCUGGAUACUGGCGUGGGGGUUGUGCGCAUGUGGGCUGAUGAGAGCAGCAGACUGAGCCGUUUCCGAAUGCUCUUCACUUCAUUUGUGGAUCCUCCAUGCUCCAGCAGCACCUUUUUCUGUCACAGCAACAUGUGCAUCAACAACUCACUGGUCUGCAACGGCGUUCAGAACUGCGUUUACCCCUGGGAUGAGAACCACUGUAAGGAGAAAAAAUCCAAGGGACUGUUUCACCAGAUAACAAAGACACACGGCACAGUUAUCGGCAUCUCCGCUGGUGUGGUUCUAGUCUUGCUUAUCAUCUCCAUCCUGGUGCAAAUGAAGCAACCUCGUAAGAAAGUAGUGGCUCGUCGACCAGCCGUCUUCAACAAAGGCGGGUUCCAAGAGGUAUUCGAUCCUCCAAACUACGAGCUGUUCUCUCUACGUGACAAGGAGCUGUCGUCAGACCUGGCAGAGCUGUCGGAUGAGCUGGAUGGGUAUCAUAAGCUGCGGCGCUCCUCUACCAUGUCCCGGUGCAUCCACGAGCACCACUGUGGGACCCAGCCCUCCUCGGGUGGCAGCGUAAAGCAGAGCCGCACUACCCUCAGCUCCAUGGAGCUUUCCUACCACAACGAUUUCUCUAAGCCUCCGCCCAUGAAGACCUUCAACAGCAGCAACACCGGCACCUACAAGAAGAGCUGCUAUGGCUACAAACAGACUCACGACUGCGCUGAGCAGGUGAUCGAGGACCGGGUAAUGGAGGAAAUGCCCUGUGAAAUUUACGUGAGGGGUGGCAGCGUGGCAGGGGCUGCUGGCAGCAUCGGAAGCGGCUGCGGGAGCAUCACCAUCCGUAAUCAUGGCAAUGCUCGUGGUAACAACACCACCGUAGUGGACCCGGGACAGCGUUCCAUAUCAAUGGACUUCUGAGAUGAACCAGAGCCUGGACCAGCACUGACUGGGUGGUCCUGCAUUGCUGUUUUUAAUGCACCCGUCUCUGGUGCUAUAUAGAUGAGAAGGCUGUACACUGAGCAAAUGAACAGACUGUAUAAGGAGAAGCAGGUGAAAUGACACACAGCUGGCUAUUUUAAUCUCUGUAAAUUUCAAAUGAAAGAUAAACAGUAUGUAGGUUUUGUGUUGUUGCUUGGCAUUAACUCACUUUUUGCUUUGACUCUGCGGAUAACUGGAAUUACGCUUAAUGAAGAUGACAGCCGUUUUGGCGAACUCAAGUCGUUUAGUGAUUGAAACAAUCCCCAGCCUCAUUCUCACUAAGGAUGAUAAAUGAUGAUAACGUUUAAAUAUUUGUGAGAAAAUCAAAUUGCACACCAAAGCUGCUAUAUUGGCACAUGGAUAAGGUUUUCAGAAUGAUAAAUGUGCUUGUUGAAUGCGCAAACAUUUGAUGGUAUUUUUAUCAGUUGAUAUCUGCUGAAGAGCUUAGAAAAUGUGUAAAGGUGAAGAUCUGCUGCAGUGCGAUGCGUUUCAAAUGUGUGUCCUGUAUUGAACUGUAGUGGGCAAUGAUGCAACUAUAAAGAAAAAAUAGGUAUACUUAAGCAUUCACUUAUAAGGUAAAAUAGGACAGUGUUUCUCAACCACGCUCCACCAGGACCACUAGCUCUGCACAUUUUCCAUGCCUUCUUAACCAAACACACCUGAUUCAGAUCAUCAGCUCAUUAGCAAAGACUGAAAGACCUGUAAUUGGUGUGACAGACAAAGAAGACAUCUAAAACAUGCAGUGUUGGUGGUCCUUCAGAAAUAUGGUUAAGAAGCACUGGAAUAGAAUAUAUAAGAAAUUGUUCAAUCAGUCAACCAACUUUAUUUACAGUUAAAGUCAGAAUUAUUAAACCCCCUAAACUAUUAGCCCCCUGUUUAUUUUUUUUUUUUCCAAUUUCUG